CCAAGGAAGCCAUCGUAGGCUGUGUGCUAUGCAUUCUCAACAUGCACAAGAAGGUGGACAACUGAGCUCCCCCUUCACUUGCAGUUCAACCUUCCACUUGUCAGCAGCACAGAGACUGGACAAGCAGACGCAAUUUUUUUUUUCUCAUCCGGACACUUACCAUGUCUGAGAGCAUCGUCAGGAAGAUACAGCCCUUCACAAUCGGGACGAAGCUGUCAGUCCCCGCCGUGCCCAAAUGCCAGGAUUUUACGGAGACUUAUCUGCACUGUCAGAACAUUGAUAACUGCACACUGCAGCAGAACCUGAACUCGCUCUACCUCAGUCAACAGCAGGUCUGCGCACAUGGCCCCUGCCUGAUCGUUCCCACCGGCCAGCAGAUCACCCCCGUAAAACAGAAAGAGCACGAUAUGACCGCAGAAGACCACCUCAAUCAGAACGUUGCGCCUUCCUCUGCUGUUUCCAGAUCCAUCAAGAAGAUCACAAUCUCUGGGAAUAAGAAAAGCCCAGAGAACGCAAUUUCAGUGGGACUAAAACAGCGAUCCGUUUUGGGAUCCACAUCCAAAAACCACAACAACAACAACAACAUCGGUGGCACAUGUCAUUCCAACCUUCCGCGGAUUGUGGGAGUCGACUGUGACAAUAAGCCUAACUCUCAGUUCAAGGUUUUAGUGACUACAAACAAUGGUGAGGAUUAUCCAGCGAUGCAAGAGCAAACCAAAUCAAAAAGACAGAAGUCCAUACAACAGGACAAAGAUGCUCAAAGAUGUCAGCAUCACGCACAGAAUGAAGAGCCAUCAUAUGUUACAUCCAAGAGUGACUUCUAUACUCAGCACACAUCUGUCUUCAACAAGGAAGUACUGCAGGCUGAGACAUGGAGCAAAAGCAAACUUCGAGACCUGAAGGAUGAUUCCAAAAUUCAGGGCUGCCCCCUGCAGGACUGGGAUGAAGCCUCACAGAUACUUCAGCGAGAUCUUAAGGACUUUGACAACACCCUGAUUCAACUCAACCAGACAGGUGAUCAGCUGAUCUGCAAGCUGAAUCCCUCUUCCGAUCUUGUGAAGAAUCAGCUCAGCCAUCUGAAAGACCAAUGGAAUAUUCUGAAACAAACAGCUGCCAGCCAAUCCAGGGUCCUGGGAGCUUCCAAAAACCUGCAGGAGUUCAACAAAAAAGUGGACAAGCUCGAGACAUGGAUUAAAGAGAAGGAAGAGGAGCAGUCUCUUGUUAAUGUCCUGGUUGCAAACGCUGACAAACUGCAGCUAACCAGAAGAAUUUUAGAUUUGAAACAGGAUGAGCAGCUAUACAGAACUCUGCAUGAAGAGAUCAAUCACAUGGCUCUAAAACUGGAGAAACAAGGGAAAUCAGAUAGUAAAAGCAUCUCAAGCAGGAGAAAAAAUAUCAAUAAAAUGUGGUUGAAGGUGCAGUCUCAUCUGAAAAAACACCAAGACAAUCUUCAACUUGCACUGGAAGUGUCUUCAUUUUACCAGCAGGCUGACAACAUAUUAUUUGCUAUUAAUAACAUGAUGAAAAGCAUGUCUGCCUCAAAACAGCCAGGCCUCCUCGGGGAGAGAGAAAUCCGUGACAUCGCCAGUCAAAUCAUGAUGUCAGAUGUGAGUAUGUCCCAGCUGUCAAAUCUCCACCCUGUCGUGGCUGCCGGUGUAAAACAGAAACAGAGUGAGGUCAAGGACUGCUGGGUUUCUCUUCAGCGGGUUUUCAGGAGUGACCGGACAGACCUCCCUCUCAUGGGCUCAACAUUCACCAGGGAAGACGCUGACCCCUUGACACCGACCCUAGAGCUCCCAUGCAACAUGGGAACAGAGGCUCAAACGACCAAGGGAAAGCAGGGUGCAGAAUGGCAAUUUCAUCCUGAGGACAACAUGAGUACAUCUGAAUGUUGUGGGAGUACUAAGCAAAGCCAAGCAGCGCAAAGUGUGAACCACAUCUCUUCACCCAUGGGAGGUGGGCCUGAUGAUGUCAUCAUCAGUCAUCAGUCCAGGAGGGAAAGGGGUAAGCUUAGAGGUGAGCCCAAGCCUGCCACUGCCCCGAGAGCCCACCCACGGCUUCAUAUUCAACUCCAGAAGUUCACUGUGUCAGCUGACAAGACUCUGUCCUGGCUGAAGGAAAAUGUUUCCAUGGCCACACAAGUGUGCUCAAUAGCCACUUUCGAAGGAAUCGAGGCAGCCAGGGGUUGCCAGCACGCAGUGCAACAAGAAAUCCUCACCAACAAAGACCGGAUAGAGGUGGUCAAAAAAGAGGGACACAGUUUGGUCCGCGCUGAGCACCCAGGCAGCAUCAAGAUAGAGCAGUUCCUCAGCCAGCUGGAGAUGCUUUGGGAAGAGCUGCAGAGGAGGCACCAGAGAAAUGCUGUCUUCCUGCAGGCCUCAGAAGACUUGAGCGUGAGGGUUUUUAAAGUACAACAGGCACUUGGAAGCCUGGAGUCUUGGCUGGAGUCUGUGGCGCUUUCCAUGAAGGAGUCCUCGCUCGCCCGUGAGCCUGAAACAACGUCAGUUGCAGAGCAAGAGAACUGUCGGCUCGGGAAAGAAAUAGCCAUUCGUUCCGAGGAGCUUGGUGCUCUCAGACAAGAGGUGGAGCGCCUACAGGGCCACAGUCAUCCACACGCACGUGGCUUGCCAUCACGUAUGGAAGAGGUGAACACAAAGUACCAACGUAUUUUAAGUGCCCUGACUCAGCAGAGCUCCAAGCUGCAGGACAAGCACAUGCAGACUGAGUCCUUGAAGCAAGUGGAGCUGGACAAGAGUCAGGAGCCUGACAGUACUCCAUGCUUAGUUCAGCCUCUCCACAGUAAGAGCUCAUCAAAUCCUGACUUGCUGGGACUUCAAAGUAGUGGUGAGGGUGAGCUAAGCAGGGGGAGCUCUGUGGAGGAACUGAGAGAAGCUGCGGGGAUGCCGAAUGACACCGUGAGGGAAAGAAUACCAUCGCAACGUCACGAGGAGUCCAUACAGGAGCUAUUGAGCAAGCAAGCCAGACUGUCUGUGUGCUUGGAGGAGUGUCUCUGCUGCUGCAAUGACCUUAACCUGGAUGUCCUUGAGAAGGAGACAGAUAUGGCAGUCCAGUGUGAGCCAGAUCACUGUGACUUGGAGACUCUGCAGGAGAGGACCACCCAGCUCGAGACUGACUAUGAGGUUCUCACUGAUGAAGUGAAGGAGAUGGAGAGCCAGGCUUGUCGUUUGAAGGAGCUCUGCCCAGAGAGCGUACUGGUACUUGGGACAAAGAUUCGGGCAAUACUGAAGGUCUGGAUGGAGCUGGGGAAAAGAGUGAUGGAGCUCAAAUCACGUCUGCAAGAAUUCCUGCAUCUCCAAGACUUCUUCAGGAGCUACCUUUCAAUGAUCUCAUGGACAGAAGACACUCGGUCAUGCAUCUUCUCAGAAGCCUUGCAUCUGAGAUCAGAUGGACAGAGCCUAGUGUCCACAGAGCUUGAUGUACAAAUUGAGCAGAAGUUUGAGGAGUUUGAUGAGCUGGCGGCAUCUGGGAGAUAUAUUUUAGACAAAGAACACCAUCUCACUCAGAUGGUAGGAGAGCGCUUGGAAGAACUACGCAGUAUGCUUGGGUGGAUUUCUGUGCACUGGAGAGCAAAGAAACAAGAGUGGAUUCUCACGAAAAGGACGCAGGAGUCCUCAAUCGAUAACAUUUACUCCGAGGCCACAUUGUACUCUCCUUCAGAGACUACAGAAUCCUAUGAGUACUGUCAGUCUCUGAAUCUCAUCUCAGAAGGAAGAAAACCCAAGGCUGGAGGAGACAGCCAGAACCCGGAACAGUUUCAUGGACAUGCUCAGCAGCCAGAGGAGAAGCAGUUAGAGGAUGGCUACGAGGUGAUGAAAAGUAUCACACAAUGGGACGGUGAGGCCCCCCGAUCAGAGUCUCCCACACAAUCACUCAUGGUCAUUCGGGAGCCCAGCAGUUCCUCUGUAGGGGGCAUGGUCAACCUCAUCCUCCGCUUUGGUAACGCAGGGAACAGCCAUUUUCAGAUGGUGGACCAAUCUGUUUCGAAUGAUGAGGUUGUUGAGGAGACUUCUGAGCCUCUCCACAGGCCGACUCAGCCAGCCUGUAAAAACUUUUGGAAGCGCUGCCAGGGGCUUUUGGAAAAUGCUUUGGGUAGUUUGAAGCGAAAGAAAAAGAUUUAUCGGCAGAGUGCAAAUGAGGUGAGUACUUACUUACAUGUCAAGAAUAACAACUCAGCUGUGGCCCCAGUGUAUGAGAGCAUCACUCUCCCGCCCCAGAAGAACCGGUUGACAUCUUCAACCUCCCUUACUUCCUCCUCAUCCUCCUCUUCACCACCCUCGACAGUGCAAGCACCUCAGACUAGCAUAUCCUUCCACCCUUUGAAUGUCAACAGCUCCAUAUUCUGCAGCCUCAAGAGAAUGGGCAAGAAAAGAAAGAGAAAGAGAGACACUCGCAGGCAUACCAUUCAAAAAGUCAUGGGGGUGGACGAGGAAACAGAUGAGCCUCUUUACGCCUGUGAGACAGUCACUUAUGACACUCAUACCUGGCCACUCAAAGAUGGUCGAAGGAAGAAAGGUUCGCCACAGUGCGGAGAUGAAAUCGACGGUAUGUCUGACAUAAAGAAUCCCCUACUGAGAGACAUUGAGUUAGAAUGCACUGGUGAGGACACUAUUACUCCAUACGCUGUUUCAGAGGGACGGGCCACCUCCAACCAAGGGACAGGCCGGUGCAAAUUUCUUUCCUUGGGCUCCGUGUUAAGCUUUGACUUACCAAAGGACAUGACUCUCAUCCCCAGCAUUCAGGAAAUCAUAACAAUAGCUCCUCCGGAAUCCAAUAAGGCCAUCGGAACUGAUCCAGACCCCGACUUCCAACGGCACACAGCAAUGAGUUCAUUCAAACAAACUCGACCCUCGCUGGACAACACAGUUAACAGAGCGGAAGUCAGCUCUCAGAUACAGACGUCUACAGUUGCUGCCAAAGGUUUGGCUGAUAAUGACGCCAUUCUCAACACAAGUCCUCCGCUGGCAAAAGACGGGGAUCAGAUGGCUCCUUGUAAUGGUUUGUCCAAAAGUCAGUUCAACGUGCAGGAUGAUGCAGAGCAGGAGUGGGACGAAAUAUCAUCAGUACUCAAAACUGGAAAUGAUUACACCUGCAAGCUUUCCCAACCGAUUUAUGUGAAUCAAGCCACUGUGGCCAUUCACUCCGCAGCUCAUAAACACAAGUGCCCAAAUGUUCGUACACUUAUUCGGGACCUCAAUGGACACAAGUACCAUAAAAGUGCAAUACAUGCACAUGAUGAGAACACAGGACAGUGUCUGCACCAAGCUUCUCACAUGUUUGUCAAUCUCAAGUCAACUGUGAAAGUUCGACAAGACUCUGUGGACUCGGGCAUCUCCAGCUCCAGCAGCAUCAAACUAUAUCCUGAGGGGUCAUGUGCAGAUAAUCCCCAGGUUACUGGGAUGGUGGGAAAGCUCAUGUCCCUUCAAGUGGGACGUAUUGACUCCAUGAAGACGACAGAAAAUGUGGGCUCAUCAAAACACAGCGAAGACCCACAACAAGAACCUGUCCACCUGGACCGUCAGCAGUUUGAGGAGGAGGAAGAAGAGCUGGAGGGCAUCUGGAAGCAAACUACCAACUUCAGGCAGAGUAUCUGUUCAGACAUCAUGUAUCAGCCGAACCAAGAGGAGUCCAUCUCAUUGGAUCAACCGAGUAAGGCCAUUCCCAGCUCAUCCCCCAGCCAAGUUCGAAACCUGGCGACAGCCUCGGAACCCAACCUCCUCGUGGCCGACUUCAGGCUGCCAUGGAACAACCAGAGCCUCCUGUGUGGUGACAAGGAGCCGCUACAGAUCGUCAAAGACAGAAGGUCCUGGGCAGCCUUUCCAAACAGGGACCAAAUUGGCAAGACCUUUGUGGCUGUGAAUGAAACAGCCGCAGAUCAGUUGAAACUGCCAAAUGUUGUUGACAAUCAGAAAUAUAUCUACCGAUACAAAGAUGGGGAAGAGGAGGAAGAGUCGAAAGGUGGUGAGGAGAUGGGCAAACGCACAACUAGUUCAAAGGGCCAAUCAAAUGGCUUCUGUUACCGAGGAAAUGAUGUUCAAAACCUGGACACCAUGGAUAUGCAGGACGAGUCAACAGCCACAAGAGGGCGCUGCGGUACCCUAAAUGAAAAUCCGGAGAUGCAAACGAUGGAGGGGACUCUCGAAAGGAAGCAAAAAUGUCAACUUGGAGGAAAGAAAGCUGCCUCCAGAGGCUGGAACUCGUACCAUACUGUUUUAUAUCGACACACCUUAUGCUUCUAUCAGCAUAAGAAGGAAACACUAAGAACCUCCACAUGUGGCUUGCCGCUGAACCUCACUGGAGCUGAAUGUUCACUUGCACCAGAGUACACCAAGAAACCAAACUGCUUCCGUUUGAGGCUGCGUGAUGGCUCAGAAUAUCUCUUCAAUGCCUCCUCACGCUUUUUGAUGAAUAAAUGGAUGAACAAAAUACAAGUCAACACAGGUGGAAGUCAGUCUGCGUCUUCGCUAUCAAGCAACCCAGUAGAUCGAGACAUCCCCAUUUCCUUAAGCCCCCCUCUGUGCUCAGGCUGCUACGGUCUGGCCAAAUGCUACUGCUCCUCCCAGCAUGAUCUCACCUCCACGUUUCCCAGAUGGAAACCCCCGAACCGACCCAAAGACAUGGUUGUCCUCUCCAGAGAGUUCAUACGCAUGCCAAAGAGUCACCGAAGAUGUUUGGGGGAACAUUCGACCAUUUCAUCCACACACGGACACUCCUGCAAAGAACAAGAUGAUGUUGAUAAUGAUGACUGUAAGCAGAUGAUGACUCACAGACAUCAGGGAGGAAGCGGAGACAGCACCUCUUCCCUCCAUUCAUCCCCCCCACGCAGCAAUCAGGACUGGCUGAGCAGCAAGUGUCGCUCCCACUCCUUCACUUCUGCAACCUAUCAGAAGAUCAAGCCGACGCAGCAGACCUGCAGAGGCCCGGAGAAAGGGUCUAACUAUAGUGUGACGCUAGUGCUGGGAGACAAGUCAUUGGACAGAAAGAUCGGUGGCGCUUCGGUAGCGGUGGCUGGAUGGCAGCAGGACAAUUGCCCUCCGAUGAGUUACACCGGCCUGGCUCGGUCUCGCAACAAAUCCAUCUUUAAAAAGCUCUGUGGCAAAAUCGACCUGUGACUUUUCACCAGGGUGGCCCUCGUGUGCAGUGCACAUGGUUUUUAUUUUUUUUUAUUUUUUAAUGAGUAUUAUCUACUACUGACUAUAUUUAUAUCCAGAGUUGCUACCGCGGUUUUAUUUGAAUGUGUGAGAUUGUAUUUGUGUGUGUGUAUUAUUUUAAUUUUACGAUGUAGUUAGAGUGUAUGUUACAUUUGUGUUGUUUGUAUGGGACAGCACGGUAAAUAGUGGAGUUUGCAUGUUAUUUCUGUGCUUCUGUGGGUUUUCUGCAGGUACUCCGGCUUCCUCCCACAAAAAACAAAACAAAACAUGAUGUUGGGUUCACUGAAUGCUCUAAAUCAGGGUUACCAACAUGGUAACACAUAGCCAGCCCCCGAGGACCCCAUGAGUGGCUUCUAUGGGCCUGUUCCAAAAAUUGCUCACUUGGGUCAUUGUGAUUUCCUAGGAAGGGUGUAGAAGUGAUCAUUUCAAAACGAACACAUUUGAGAUUCGUACAGUAGAAAUAAACCUUUGCAUAUUGCAGAUCAUUUUUGUGAGAAAUCAUUAACAUGAUCAGUGUCCUCAUAUACAUAAUAAGCAUGAAUUAUUCAUGACAUAAUGAAAGGCACAUUGGGUACAUUUGAUAUUUCAGAAGUCUUUAUAAAACUGGCAGCGCUUGACAUAAAUCAGCACCCAAGAUGUACCGGUAACUCAGUUUCACAAAGGAUGGUGACCCCUGCUUCAAAUGUUCUAUUGAGUGUAAGUGUGUUGAAAUGUGCUCUAUGAUUAGCUGGCAACGACUUCAGGGUGUUCUCCACCUCUCACCCAAAAUCAGAUGGAAUUGGCUCCAGCUCUCCUAAUGAAGUUUACUGGGAAAGAAAGACGGACAAAUAGAUGUGUUGCUUGUAUUUUAUCAGUGUGCGUACAUAACAGCUCUGCAGGACGUCCAUUUUGAAAGAACAUUUGCAUACAAGUGAUAACACUUAAUACACGGAAGUCAUUACAGCAGUGCCCACCAUAAUUGUUUCCCUCCUGUGUGUUUUGCACUAAUUAACAUUUUUUUUUCAUACAAUUACACAGUUUGAUACUGCUUGUUGUUGGUUUGUCGCAAUGAAAUUUCAUUAUAAAACAACUUAAUGAUAAUGA